UGAAUGAUAAUUUGACUAAGUAUUUAUGCGUGAAGAUGAAUUGGAGUCUGUUUAUAAAUAACGUGUUUCGUAGGUGGUUGAGCUAUCUUCCUCCCUGCGUUCCCACCAUUUAAUGAAACAGCCUACCUUUACCAUCAUCUGCCCACCCAACCUUCCCUACCCGCUGCUGCUAUAUACAUAUGCACACUUUCCCCUCCUUUUUUUUUUAUAAUACCAAUUCCCAAACACUUCCAAGCGUACAUCGGUUUUUACACUCCUUCAUACAUAAAUAUAUAUAUAUAUAUAUAAAAAUUUUUACAUAUUAUUUUUUAGAAUUUCAAUUUUUUUCAUUUCCGCCAUGGAUCAUAAUAGUACCGUGGAUAUGGAUAAGGAACGAUUAACGGCGGAGCUUGCAAUCAAGGACUCUUCUUCCGUGGUGAUUAAGAUCCGUCGAAAGCUUCCUGAUUUCUUACAGUCUGUUAAGCUGAAAUACGUGAAGCUUGGAUAUGGGUAUUCUUGUAAUACGGCCACCCUUGUUAUGCUUGUCCUUGUUUUUCCCUUGUUCAUAGCCACUUUGAUUCAGCUUACUGGGCUAAGGCUCCACAACUUCUCCCAGCAAAUAUUUACCAGCUUCGACACCGCCACCAGUCUAACAGGCUGUGUGGUUUUUCUGUUCCUAUCCGGGGUUUACUGGGCAAAGCGUCCCACCCCGAUCUACCUCGUCGACUUUGCUUGCUACAAACCCGACCAAGACCGCAAAAUCCCGAAUGAAUCCUUCACCAAGAUGUCCGAAGAAUCCGGGUUUUUUAACCAAGAUACGUUGCAUUUCCAGAAAAGGAUCUCUACCCGGUCAGGAUUAGGAGACGAGACGUAUCUGCCCAAAGGGAUCACCGCUCGACCCCCACAGCUCAACAUGAAAGAAGCUCGGGCCGAGGCGGAGCUUGUUAUGUUUGGUGCCCUCGACUCGCUCUUCACCAAGACCGGCGUUAGACCGCAGGAGAUUAGCAUCCUCAUCGUUAAUUGCAGCCUGUUCAAUCCCACCCCUUCCCUAUCCUCCAUGAUUGUCAACCACUACAAGCUCCGACCAGAUAUCAUGAGCUUCAACCUCGGGGGAAUGGGCUGCAGCGCUGGCCUUAUCUCCAUCGACUUGGCGCAACACCUCCUCAAGGCCAAUCCCAACACCUACGCCGUCGUCUUGAGCAUGGAAAACGUCACCCUCAACUGGUACUCGGGAAACGACCGCUCCAUGCUUCUUUGUAACUGCAUUUUCCGUAUGGGCGGAGCCGCCAUGCUGCUCUCCAACAGGUCAAGGGACCGACGCCGAUCCAAGUAUGAGCUGGCCCACACGGUGCGGACGCAUAAGGGAGCCGACGACAACAGCUACAACUGCGUGUACCAGAGAGAGGACGACAAGGGUAUCGUGGGGGUUUCGCUCGCUCGGGAACUGAUGGCCGUGGCUGGAGAUGCUCUCAAGACAAAUAUUACAACCUUGGGACCUCUGGUGUUGCCGUUUUCGGAACAGUUGAUGUUCUUUUUGACGCUGGUGAAAAGGAAAGUGUUUAAAAUGAAGGUGAAGCCUUAUAUUCCCGAUUUCAAGUUGGCGUUCGAGCAUUUCUGCAUCCAUGCGGGUGGCCGAGCGGUGCUUGAUGAGGUCCAGAAGAAUUUGAAUCUGACAGAGAGGCACAUGGAGCCAUCAAGGAUGACGCUACACCGAUUCGGGAACACGUCUAGCAGUUCUUUGUGGUAUGAGUUGUCGUAUGCAGAGGCCAAGGGACGGGUUGCGGAAGGGGAUCGUGUGUGGCAGAUUGCUUUUGGGUCGGGUUUCAAGUGUAACAGUGCGGUAUGGAGAGCACUGAAGCCGAUUCCAGCAGGGUGUGAAGCUAACCCUUGGGCCGAUUCGAUCGACAGUUACCCGGUUAAGGUCCCAGCUGCCUAAUUGUAAAUUUAUCGAAACCUCCGGUGAGGACAACCAAAACCAAUUACUUAUGGAAUACUUCUACUAUCAUCAUCUACUUUCCUUUCAUCAACACAAGUACGUACGUUUUCAUUGUGAAGCACAAGAUGUAUUUAUACUAGAUCGGAAGAACCAGUGCCCAAAAAAAAAAGCGGUGGUCGAGUCCUUCCCACCUGAUUGUUUGAUGUAAUAUUAAUUAAUUUUGCAAUUCACUAGCUCAUUUUUCUGUAAGUUACUGUGUUUAAAUAUUCGGUUAUGAUCCAAUGGAUAUCUUUGAAUCUUGCUGAACAAA